AUGUCGACAGAAUCCACACAGUCGCAGGCAUGCUGCAACACACCCGCUGUAGUCAGCGAGGGCUACCAACCCAAGGGCGAUUACAUUGAGGCAGACGGACUGAAGACUUAUCAAACCGGCCCCAAGGACGCAAAACAAGGAAUCCUAGUCGUCUACGACAUCUUUGGAUUCUUCAACCAAACACUCCAAGGUGCUGAUAUCUUGGCUUACACCGACAACCAGAAGUACCAGGUCUUCAUGCCCGACUUCUUCGAGGGCAAGCCAGCCGACAUCUCCUGGAUGCCCCCGGACACCAAGGAGAAGGAGCAGAAGAUGGGCGAGUUCUUCCAGUCGCAGGCUGCGCCGCCAAAGACGUUGCUGCGCAUCCCGAAGAUUGUCGAUGAACUCACUCAGAAGUACGGAAUUGAGAAGUGGGCUAUCAUUGGCUUCUGCUGGGGCGGAAAGAUUGUCAACUUGUCUUCCAUGGAAGGCACAAAGUUCAAGGUCGCAGCAGCAUGCCACCCCGCCAUGGUUGCUGGCGACGACGCCCCCGGCAUCAAGAUUCCCUACAUCAUGCUUCCAUCAGGCGACGAGUCAAAGGAUGACGUCAAGAAGUGGCAGGAAGGCAUCAAGGUUCCUCACGUGGUUGAGUGGUUCCCAGACCAGAUCCACGGCUGGAUGGCGGCGCGCAGUGACCUUUCGCAGGAGAAGGUCAGGAAGGAGUACGAGCGCGGAUACAAGAUGGUGUUGGAUUUCUUCCACAAGCAUAUCUUUGAAGCACCUCAAGCUGUAGCAGGCGCAAUCGCAGGCGUUACUGCCGCUGCAGCCUACAUCGACGCCAAAUACCACAUCACCAAAGACCUCAAAGGCCAACGCGUCCUGAAAGCUGCCGCGCGCGAUCUCGAGAAGAAUGCACAAGGCAGAGGCCAAUCUCUGUGGUACCAAUUCGAAGCCCAAGUACACCGCCUGCCCUCGACCGAAGAAUGCAUCUGGUCCCGAACCGGCUGCUACACCUGGGCCGAAACCUACGCGAACGCCUGCCGAUACGGCCAAUACCUCCGCCAGAAUGGAGUCGUUCCCGGGCAGCUCUUUGCCAUGUACAUGAUGAACCGGCCGGAGUUCCUCUUUGCACAUCUGGGUAGCUGGAGCAUAGGAAGCGCGCCGGCGUGGAUCAACUACAACCUCGCAGGCGAUGCGCUGGUGCACUGCUUGAAAGUCAGCGGCGCCAAGGUGCUGCUUGUGGAUGAAGACCAGGAGUGCAGAGACCGCAUCGAAGCUGUCAGGGAGAGGUUGGAGAGCGAGCUGGGCAUGACUGUACUGGUCUUGGACACCGGGUUGAAGGGAGAGAUAUCGAGGCUGGAACCUACUAAGCCUGAGGAUGAGCUUAGGGCGGGCAUGAAUGGAAAGUUCCCGCUCUUCCUGUUCUAUACAAGUGGCACAACUGGACACCCGAAAGCUUGCCCCUUCGAGACGCAAAGAGCCGUUGGUUUGACACAGCGUGUGGGUGCUAUGGGACUAAAAACAGGACCGAACGGCGAUAGGUGGUAUGUUUGCAUGCCGCUAUACCACGGUACGGGAGGCACGACGGCACUCGUCUGCAUGGUCACCGGCCUUACAUGCUGUAUCGGCACCAAGUUCUCUACAUCGAAAUUCUGGACCGACGUACGCGAUUCGAGAUCUACCGCCAUUGUCUACGUAGGAGAGACAGCUCGUUACCUUCUCAACGCCCCUCCUAGCGACCUCGACCGGAAACACAAUGUUAGAGCCAUGUUCGGCAAUGGUCUUCGUCCCGAUGUAUGGCAGCGCUUUGUCGAUCGCUUCGGCAUCGAGAUCGUCGGCGAGUUCUUCAACAGCACAGAGGGCGUCAUGGCGCUUUUCAAUGGCUCGCGUGGGCCUUUCACAGCAACUUCAGUUGGACACCAGGGUAUCAUCGAGCGCUGGCGCUCCCAUAACACUUACGUCCCAGUCGAGAUCGAUUUCGUAACCGGAGACCUCUUGCGCGAUCCUAAGACCGGAUUCUGCAAACGCAAGUCCUACGAGGAGGGCAGUGAGAUCCUCGUACAGAUGCCGAGCGAGCAAGCCUUUGUCGGCUACUGGAACAACCCGGAUGCUACUGAGAAACGCUUCGAACGCAAUGUUUUCAGGAAAGGCGACUUGUAUUACCGUACAGGCGACGCUCUCCGCCGCGACGCCGACGGCCGCUGGUUCUUCAUGGACCGCCUCGGCGACACCUUCCGCUGGAAAUCGGAGAACGUGAGCACAGCUGAAGUCAGCGAGGCACUUGGCUCUUUCCCCGGGAUUCAAGAAGCAAACGUCUAUGGUGUCGAAGUGCCUGGCUACGACGGCCGCGCAGGAUGUGCAGCCAUCUACAUCGACCCCGCACAUCUCGACUCAUUCAACUUCAACGCGCUACUUGCGCACGCGAAGGAGAAGCUGCCGAAAUACGCAGUGCCUGUUUUCUUGAGGAUACAGAAACAGCAAACUACGAUGCACAACAACAAGCAGAACAAAGUUCCGCUGAGGAAUGAUGGUAUCGAUCUGAGGAAGCUUAUGGAGAGGGCGGAUAAAGAGGCGAGGGAGCAAGGAAAGGAAGAGGCGGAAUACGAUACCAUGUACUGGCACCCGACUGCUCUUGGGUCUGGAAAAGGCAAGAGUGGCGGUGAUGAUGGAUAUGUUGUAUUCACCAUGGCGGAUUGGGAUUUGCUGAAGGGAAGUGUAGAUGUAGAGGGUGGUGCCAAGCUGUAA